AUGGAAUUUGGGCUUGCCACGAGCGCUACCCCUCAAUCUCACCAUCUACUCCCAUCUCAGAUAAUUUACAACUCCCUCACAGUCACUCGUAAACAGCUCAAUGACGCAACUGAACAGUUGGCGGUUGAAUCCGACGAGGAUACAUUUAUCGUGCACCCUGCUCCUGGUGACGCCAGCCAGCUCGCUAACUGGACCGGCCCAAUUAAUGGCUCUGCCCCACGUUCCAACAUUUGUAAACUGUCGCUCCCCGAUCCAGUUCGACGAGGAGACCCUCGUGCUCCUCGAGUUCCUGAACGCUAUCCUGUGGGAGAACAAGAUCUAUCCGCCUGCACUGCACCCGUACAUGGUGCUGCUGUUCCUAGAGCGACUAGACCUUGCUGA